GAAAUGAUGCAUGCCAGUCAAGUAGCAAGUGUGAAAGGGGCUGUGAACCACGGUUCGGACCAAAGGACCAGAGUGUGGUGCGACCAAAAGAUGUGAUUAUUCGUGGUCCGGUUAAUCUGCAGUGUAAAAACACUUGGUGUUUUCAUCUUUCAGACCAACUACAAUAAUUAGAGGCAGAGUUUAAACAUACAAGAGUUUACAAGUGGGUCUUGUUAGAAUUUAAUGAAGUAAAUCUGUGCAAGGCAGGAAGAGCUGAUUAGCACAAGGUUGUCUGGAGACUUCUGACUGCAAACAUAUCAGAAAUAUAAGAUAAGACACACUGAGCUCAUUAUGUUAGUUAAGCUUAAGCCAGAUAAAAAAGGAGGAGCUGGGGAAACUCCACCCGUUGAGGGCAGGGCUCCCUAAAUCACCCUUUUCACAAGAUUUUAUUGGCUCAUUUAAUAACUUUCCCUUCCCACAAGGUAUGUUAUUAGUUAAUUAAAUGUAUAAAAAUUAAUGCUUGUUUGACUGUUGUUCACAAACUGGUGUAUGGGGAAAAUCUGUUAAACCUGCCUGCAUCUUUGGAAGCUGUACUUUUAUUCUUUACUUUUGUUAUUUUACAAUACUUUAAAACUUCUGGUAAUGGGGGUAAAAAGCCUAACUCCCUAGAGGGGUAAGUCAGCAGCACUACUGAGCGCCGACACCAUCAUUCUGCUGUGGGAUGCGAGGGGGAGACUGAUUCUGAGAGAGAACUAGAAUGAAGCCCUAUCCGGACGGGAUUCAUUUCUCACGGGGUCCUGGUGUAAUUUUCUCUUUUAUGGGGGGUCCUCUGUUAUUUUAAUUCCUGUUCAGAUUGAUCAUGUCUGUGUGUUUCUCAGAUGUCCUCUGAUAAACGUACAGGCUGAAUUACCUACUGUGUUUUUUUUUUUUUUUUUUUUUUUUUUAAUUGCAAUCUGGAUGCAAGAGUUUGAUCACUGAGUACAAGUGUGAAAUAUUUUUUACAGACCCACUCCAGACCCACCUUGGCCCUGAGGAAGAAGCGAAUAAAGCGGUGGUUAUGGCGACGUGUCUGUGGUGUAGGGCAUUGGCGGAAAGUGAUGCUGAUGUCGCUGCGACUCUGCAGAGCUACAGCAAUGGCGGGAUGACACCAACCGAAAGGCAAGGUGCCAACGAUGACCUCAUUUACUGCUCAGAUUGUGUGGAGAAGUACCAUGAGUUGAGAGAAAGAGUACCUGCAUUGCACGAGCGGCUCUGGGAGAUUGAGACGACUCGUCUGCUUGAGGUGUUCCGCGAGAUGUUUGAUAGCGAGAUGGAAGAAGAUGACCUGUACUUGGUUGAAAAUGGCAAGGAGCAGCCCAUCUCUGGGAUUUCUCUGGAUGAAAUUCACGACCGGCUCCGAUCCCCAUUUAUGGAAGUGCUGAAAUAUCCUUAUCUGCUGUGCCACCAGGGCCUCUGUGAAAUGGUGGUGAAUGUUUUGUGUAAAAUGGAAGAGUUGAACAGCCCUCUACAUGCUUUUGAGAAAUAUCAAGGAAUUUAUCUACUCAUGGUGCACCCAAAUGAAACGGUUCGUCGCUGGGCAAUAGCCACUGCCAAGUCUAAAGGCAGUGUGGACAGAGACAGCUUUUACAGCCUUCAGGAGGCUUUCUUCUGCAUGUUCAUGGUACUUGAGCUGGGAAUCACUCUAAAAGAUAAAGACGUGAACACAUUCUAUUCUGGCAGUCUGCCGCAUCAUUUACCCCUGCAUCUCUAUGACACAGAAAAUGAAAAGAACUACUGGUUAGGUAUCUGUAUGUUACUGAUGCAGCUGGACUCCCAGGCGAUGGAGUCAUUGUUCAUGGGCCCAAAUAAACAGUGCAACAUUCCCCAGUGCAUCAUGAAUACCAUGAAAGAAGAAAGAAAAGGGAAGAACAUGGCCUCAGAUCCAUUUUGGCCAGCUUUGCAGUGUUUCAUGGUCAUUCUCGACCGACUGGGCUCAAAGAUCUGGUGUGAGAUUGACCUGCCAGGUGCUUUUGGAAUAAUCACUCAAGCAGCCAGCUAUGUAGCUGAAGUUCAAAACAUCCGACAAAAAACCAAAGGGACAAGAGUGAAGGAGGAGCCUGACAGUGAUGACUAUGACGAUGAUGACAACAUGGUGACAUGCAGUCAGAUGGUGUAUGAUCAUUACCCCACAGACCAAGCAAACAGAGCGUCAGGCUGGUCAUCCAAUCGCAAUGAGAAGAACAUCAAUGAGAUUAUUGAGGACAUGGGUUCUCUGGUUGAUGGCUUGCAGUCAGAGAUGGGACAAGGCAUUCGUGUGUAUGGCAGCACGUUUCUUUGGUUCAUCCCUUAUGUCCGCUCUGUGAUGGAGCUAGGUGAUCUUGGCAAUAGCUUCAUUGAUGAGGUAAUGCAGUACCUAUACACUGAGGUAAACAAGGAUGUUCUUUCUGGAGAGACACAAACCUGGGAUAAGGUGACUGAGUUCUUCAUUAUAAUCCUCAUUGAUAUAAUUGAGCUGCUUUUGGGCAAAGGCUGCAUGAGAACCCUUCACUACUGUGCCCCCACUUGGGUGAAGGUGAUCGUGCAGUGUUCUAUGCUUGAAACUUGCAUCAACGCAGUCCCAAAUAGGAGGAGUGGUUCUUAUAGGGUCACUUUUGCUUCAUCUGCUUUUGGUAAAAGAAACCAAAUAUUGGCAAAUGGAGUUUGUGCAGUUAGUCAAGCCAGCAUGAGGCUGAUUCGCUCACUCUUGAAGGAAGGGGAGCGGAUUGUUAAUGUCACAGUCACAGACUUGGCAAGGUUUCUGGACCUCCUUAAUAGACACUUGCGAGGAAACAAAGUGUGGGAUCUUCAACCCUCAGACUCUAAAAAUCUACAGAAUUGCAUAACCAUGCUCCUGAAUGCAGUCGUGGCUAGAACAGCCACAACUCCUAAUGUUCCAUCAGCUCCACCCACAUCCCCAGCGGAUCCACCAGAAAAUGUCAUGUAUCCUAGUGCCACGUUUACUGACCCUCUGCAGGAACCUCGAUUCAAAAAUGCAGCUACAGGUCCAUGUAGUGCAGUUAAUUUCAUGAAAGAAGAACCACUGUGUGAGGAAUACAGAGAUUAUUUCUGUGACAACCUUGAAGAUAUUAAGCCAAAGAAGGAACCUUGCAGCCCAGUACCAGUUUCAAAAUUACAGCCUACUCUAGAGUUAAAUCAUUUAAAGCCUGACUUCAACAAAAUAAACGAAAUCAAAUGCAAGUUGAAUGACAGUUCGAAGAUACAAGCUUUUACCAAGAGUAGGCUUGAUCCGAUUGAACAAAACCAAAAUGAACAUGGGCAUUUAAAAGAGACUGUAAAGAUAACUCCUUCAAGCAGCAGUGAUACAACCUCACAGUCUACAAUCUCAAACUUUGCUAAAGCAGAAAGGCCUUCUAAAAAGAAACAGGACUAUGAUUAUGACGACGAGCCCCUUAAUGUCCGAAGGAGACGCUUAAAACAAACUCAUGAAAUAUCAUCUAGUGAAACUGAAGAUUCAAAAAGUGGCAUUAAAACAUCCAUGCAGGUUUCAAGUCAUGCAAAAGAAGUGUCUGAUUUAAUAGUCAUUUCAGACGAUGAAGUUGCUACUACUGACCAAAUAUUGGCAAGUGAUUCCUCUUCAGAAAGUCCAGUCAACAGAGUAGCAUAUGAACCUUCUUCAGAUCAUGACUUGAAUGAGAGUCCAGGUCGGGAAUAUGAUAAUGAUUUUAGUGAAUCCCAGGUAUUUGAGUUUGAAACCCAAGAAAACAUCGCUUCAGCCUGGACUGACCCAUACGUUGACCAUCCAGUCAAUAAUAAAAAGCCUAAACGUGACUGUUCACUCAAAAUAUCUACAAGUCCUGCCACUGUUGAACCUACUUCAAGCUGGGUUAACAACACACAGCCGGUCACAGAUGAGGAAAUUGAGAAAGCCUGUCAGGAAGUUGAAGAGCAGGUCAGUAAGCAGCAGCUACAGGAUGCGCCUACUUCAAGCACAAUUGUGCCACCAAAGCCAAAGAGUUCUGCUGCGAAGUGGGACAAUUUCACAAAACCCAAAUCUGUGCCUUUACGAAGUCCCACUAAGAAACUUGACCUGGGUGAUAAGAGGGGCCAGCAAUGUUCAAACAAAAAAUCUCUUCUUAUCGAACCACUAGAUCGAAAAGUCAAAAAGCGGCGCAGCUCUCUCAGCACCGCAUCUACUGAAUGUCCUGUUUCUUCGGUCACUCCCUCAGCCAGCAUGGUAUCGGAGAGAUCAUCUUUUGUUUCCCGUGAUUCACGUCUGUUUCCAUCCCCUGCCAUAGUCCCACCAAAGAAGAUCCGCAAAGCUGUUGAGCCGGAAUCAGUAGCCGAGCGUAUGGGGCUUAAAAAGAAGGAGAGAAAAGCAUUUGAUCUCUCGCAACGCACUUUGGACACUUUGGGUGAGCUUCGCACUCACGGUCAGAGUGUGCAUGUCGAGCAACCUCAGAAGUCAAAAAGGGUCUGUCGUAAGAGCAAACCCCAACCCCAACUGAAGCUGGCAGGGAAAGGUGGAAAGAAGUUGCUUGCAUCUCAAGAUAUGCAGUACUUUAGACAGAGCAAAGGGAUGCUUAAGAAAUCAACACCAGCGAAUGCAACACUGUCCAAACCAAUCAGGAACCAUGUGCCUAAGAACCUUCCUAAGUCAAAACGUACAGUUGAAAACGUGCUUGAACCAGGAGAAGGUGAGGCGGAGGAUGACUAUGAUGAGGAGGAGGAUGAUUAUCAAAAGUUUCUUCCCUGUUCUCAGCCUGAUCCUGCCCGAAAGAACCACCAAAAUGACAGAGACAGAAAAAACGUAAGUGAAUCCCAUAAAAUAAAACCUAUAUUGUUUGACGCUGAAAGUAAAGGACCCAGUCCCAAUCAGGUUGCUGACAGAAACGAAGACUCCACAGCAUCCAAUACUGACACAAAAUGGGUAGGCUAUUGUGUUGAUGAUAAAGAUUAUGAUGAAGAUUUAUGGCCACUAACACAGAAUGAGUCCAUUGACAUGGAGUUAUGCACUCAAACUGAGGAAACUGAGGCUAACUGGGAGUUCCCUCUCACACAGAGAGACCCUGUAGACAUGGACAUUGAUAUGGACAGCCAGCCCCAUGCUUCUGACGGAGGUCCUGAUGUGCAGACUAAACCUCAGCCUGCUUUCAUUGUCCAAGAUGCACCUCCUGCUGCUUUAAUUCAGAAACCUGUAGAUGAGAGUGGGUUAUUCCUAAAGCCUGGCAUGUCUCCUGUUUCGCAGAAAAAAGCGAAACCGUCCACAACUAAAAUCUACGCGCCCAGUUCACGCAUUGAUUCUUUGGUUGGGGAAAUGGAAAAAACGACAAAGACUAAGGUUGUGCGUCCACCACCAGUUAUACCACCUCCAUCAAAAACCGUACCGCAACCGUGUAAACCACAGAAGGCUGUACCACAAUCAUCAGCACUGCCAAAAGCCAUACCACAGCCCUCACCAAAAGCAGUACUGCAGUCUGAUUUUAAAAAGCCUCUUCCGUGCCUUCGUCGUCCUCCUCCAGUCCAGGGACUCAAGUCAGCAGUUCAAAAUAACAUUGCUUCCCAUCCACCUUCCUACAAGACCUAUUCCAGACCAGAGGACCCUGUCGUAAAGUCAGCAGUAACUAGAAAUCAACCUCAGUGGUUUGACCAGUCUCUUCUGACCCAAGCCAUUUUGAAGUGGGAGUUCCGCAUGUUCGAAAACUACAGAGGUAAUGGGCUGCCGGAUGAUUUGUGUCCCUGGCCACUGAAGGAAGUGCCAACGACAUUUUCUACCCACGAGGAAUAUUUCAGCACCAUGUACCCACUUCUUCUCGCCAAUUUGUUUGAGGAGAUGGUCAGUGAAUGGCAGAGGAGUGGGAGAGUUGAAAUUUCCCUUAAAGUUCAGGGAUUGGAGUCCACCAAUCACACCGCUAGUUUCACAGCAAGCCUGGGCUCUGAGCAGGAGAUGAGGCAGUACUAUCCUAAAGAAGAUGAUCUUGUGUUGCUCUGGCUGCCAAAGAACAAAAGCGCAUAUGCCAGUGGUGACCCAGAUGUAAAUGAACGCCAUGCUAGUUUUGGUUGUGUGUCGCGUUCAAGUGUAAUCAACAAUGGUGCAGGUCAACACUCAACAUUAAAUCUGACCAUUCAGACGCGGGGGAAUGUGUCCUCGGUCAAUACUCAGCAUGUGCGCUGUGAGGUGAUUGGUUCUUUGAUCACCACUAUGCGGGAGUUUCGAGCGCUAUGUCACCUAAAGAGUGGCAUAAUGGCUCGGCCAUACAUCCUCCUUAAGCCACAUGUCUCAGUCUUCACUCCCUGCCAGGAGAGCCUGCCGGAUCUUGACAUGCCUGAGUAUAAUACAGACCAAGCAAAGGCGAUCAGCUGUGGUGUAGCCAUGGUGAAGAGAAGACAGUAUAGUGCUCCAAAAAUUUUGUUAAUUCAUGGCCCUCCAGGAACUGGCAAGAGCAAGACCAUUGUUGGCCUUCUGCAGAGACUUUUCUCCGAACACAAUGACAACAUUGCUGUGAAUCGUCACAGCAAGUCUCACAGAAUGCGAGUCUUACUCUGCGCCCCUUCCAAUGCUGCUAUUGACAACUUGAUGAAGAAAGUUAUCCUUGCCUUCAAAGAAAAGUGCAGAGACAUCAACUCUCCACAGGGGAACUGUGGAGACAUUAACCUGGUGCGACUGGGCAGUGAGAAGACCAUUUCUAAAUCGCUGACAGGCUUCAGUCUUGACAGCCAGACUUCAAAGAAAACACAGAUGCGUGCAGACCCUGAUGUACAGAGGCAGAAGCAUAGACUUGAUCAGGCUAUAGAAAAUCUCUCACGCCAGUGUGCCAUAACUCAGAAACAAUCCCCGGAGUUUAAACAGUUGAUGGACAAGAAGCAGCACUAUCUUUCAGAAAGGGAGAAACUCAGCCGCCAUUUGAGAGAGUUCCGUAGUAAAAGGCAGGAGGUGCAGGCUGGGGUCCUCAGAGAUGCUCACGUGAUCUGCUGCACCCUAAGCACCAGUGGAAGCCUUGUCCUGGAGACCGCUUUCCGUCGACAUGGACGAGAACCCUUCAGCUGUGUCAUUGUCGAUGAGGCAGGGCAGGCUAAAGAGGCAGAAUCACUGAUUCCCCUGCUCCAUCGAUGUCCUGCCUUGAUCCUGGUGGGCGACCCUGAUCAGCUCACUCCCACUGUGGUUUCUCAGAAAGCAAAAGAGCUUGGCUAUGACCAGUCCUUGAUGGCGCGACUCUGGAAGAGCCUUCACCCGUCAAAUCCCAGCAUCUUCCUCAGCAUACAGUACCGUAUGCACCCUGACAUCUGCAGCUUCCCUUCCAAGUACAUCUACGGCAACAGGCUGAAAAAUGACUGGGCUGGAGAGUGUCUGCAGUACAGGCAUCUUCAGGCAGAGCAAAGGCAGCUUUAUAGGUUUGGGCUACGGUGGGCUGGUCCUUGCUAUUGUGAGACUGCUCAGAAGCGGUGUUCGGUCAACUGGCCAUUUGAGCCCUACCGGGUGUUUGAUGUGAUGGAUGGAAGAGAAAACAAAGAAAAUGACAGUUCCUUCAGCAACCAGAAGGAGGUGAAGCUGAUAUUGAUGCUUCUGAAGCUGAUUGGUGAGAAACAGGUGGUGCGUGUGGGCGUCAUCACACCCUACAAUGCACAGAAACAGCAGAUCUUAAGGGCUGUCAAUGCAGAAGCGCGAGGAAACAAAACUCUUCAGGUGGAGGUAGACACGGUGGAUGGGUUCCAGGGUCGAGAAAUGGAAUGCAUUAUUGUGUCCUGUGUAAGAGCCAGCAGUGAAAUGGGCUCUAUUGGGUUUGUAGGAAAUCGUCAGAGGAUGAACGUAACAAUCACUAGAGCCAAACAAAGCCUGUUCAUAUUAGGACAUCUCCGUACACUCAGGGAGCACAGUGAUUGGGGGGCUCUAAUAAAGGAUGCAGACAGAAGAGGGACUAUAAUAAAGACUCAGGAGCAGGAUUUCCGCGAAGCAACCACUAAAAUCCUAAAGCCUGAACGCAGCCACCCACACACCCUCACAUCCCGACGCUCCAGCAACCCCACCUCAGCUCCACAGCCCGUGCACAUCCCUGUGGAAACCCCUACACCUCCAAUCCCCAUUCCGCUAAGCUGCGCCAACUCAAAUGGGAGCCACUCCCCCACAGUUUCCUCAACAACCAGUGGCCCAUCUGACCGUCCCAGAGACCCCCGGCUGACCACGAGGCCUUCAGACCCGCGAUUAUCUGAGCCAGUCAGAGAGCACAGACAGGACAGAGAGAGACAGGAUCCCACUGACCCACGCAGACUCCAGCGACACUCUCAAGACCCACGGACACAAAGAGACCACUACCGGCGGUCUUCCAUACCACCGACCCACUCCAGCUCCUAUCAGUCACCACCACCACGGAGGAGGAGCCAAGACCAUCCCCACUCGUCCACAUGGUCUUCCUCACGGCCUUCUGCACCACCCAGGAGUUACAGAAGAUGACCUGCAUGACUUUUGUAUUUUUAAAUUCAGAUAUAUUUUUGUUGUUUGUUUAUGUAAGUGUUGAGGACCUUCCUGAUGUUCCUAAAUCCAUGUUCAUGGGGUUUCUCUGUCUGAGGGCUGCUGUCAAACUUUUCUAACACACACGCAUGAAGGCUGAACAAAGAAAGCAAUAAAACCAGUCCUGGAUCAACGUUCUAGUUUAAACCUCUAGUUUAAAGGGGAAUUUCACUGAUGCGUCCACCCGUCUAACCCAAAUUAUCUAUAAAAUUCAGUGUUUUAGGUGUUUCUUUUUCUUUUUUUAUAUGUGUUUCUUUGUAGAAAGACUUCCUGACUGUUUUUUGUAGAUUGGUGGUGAAUAGAUAAGUUAUAACAGACUUAACAGAAUUUUUUGCGUUUACUGUUCAUACCCACCGGUCAACCGGUACUAGUUUUAUAUUGAAUACUGAUCGGAAAUAUUAGAAAGCUAUAAAAGUUUCUUUGGGGACUAUUUUUGUCGCACAGCACCCUGCUUUGUAUUCACUCAUUAAUGUAUUUUAAAAUGUUUUAAGCUGAAAUUUCUCAAACCAUCUUUAAAGGCAAUGUCAUUCUGUAGAAACAACGGAGCAUCAGUGGAGUUUCUCUUUACCACACUGUCUUUACCAGUUACAAGUCACAAUAAUAUUGUCUGGUUGGCAGCUCAAAGUAGUGUAAUAAAGACAAUAAAGAAGACUCUGUCUUCUCUACAAUUAGUUGUUUUUGUUUUCAAAAGCCAAAUUCAUACGGGUAAGCACUACAUGAUGUUGAAUUUUAUGUGAUAUUCAUUUGUUUUAAAAUGUAGGUUGUUUUCUAACCCUCGUCCUACGGGAACCAACUUCCACUGCAUAUUUUAUUUUACUCCCAUCAUACUGACCCAGCUCGUCAGCUCUUUAACAACCACAAACCAUUUCUGAGCAGAAAAUGUGUGUUAGAACAGGAACCCACUGAAAUGCACAGAGCAACGGGAUCUUUAACGGGUUUGUUUUAAUCAGUCAUAUGUACAGUGAUUAAAAAAAUAACUAAAACUGCGGUCUCUUCUUGCACUUCUCACUUUUUUCCACAAUGAAUGCUUUCUUUUUUAUAAAUAUCCUUGUUCUGUUUUUUGAGAUGUGUUUAUAAAGGAAUGUGAUGCAGCUGAUGUCUUCUUUUAUCUUUUGAGGCUGACUGGUUCCUGGCAUGGACACAAAUUUGAAUUAGAAUUAAGAAAAGAAGAUGCUGCAUAUUUGAUUGUGUUUUGAAUUGUACUGUUGGAAUCAAAAAAAAUAUUGGUAGUGUUUUUAGGG